CUACGAAACUCUAGUCAAAAUUCAGUGAGCAAUGAGUGGACAACGACUGCUGAUCUUCGCGGCCUUUGGUUGCCUCUGGGCCACAGCGUUUUCGCUUCCGGCCACCGGAAAUGAGGAGUUCGACGAGGGUUUGCCGGAAUCGGAGUUUGACUACGAGGAGCGACACACUCGCGAAAUUCCGGCGCAGGCCUAUGCCGCUCCGGUCGUUUACAAUUCUAAGUCCAGCUAUUCGGCGCCGAAAAACCAAGGAUACUCCGCUCCUGUAGCUCCGGCGUAUUCACCAUCUGCAUCAUCGAGCUACUCAGCGCCCGCAGCUCCCUCUUAUUCACCACCUGCAUCAUCCAGCUAUUCAGCUCCAGCUCAAUCGUAUUCAGCACCUGCAGCUCCAUCCAGCUAUUCAGCUCCUGCAGCUCCAGCUCAAUCGUAUUCCGCACCCGCUGCACCAUCCAGCUAUUCAGCACCUGCAGCUCCCUCUUACUCACCACCUGCCUCAUCCAGCUAUUCAGCUCCAGCUCAAUCGUAUUCCGCACCUGCUGCUCCAUCCAGCUACUCAGCGCCUGCAGCUCCAGCUCAAUCGUAUUCCGCACCUGCUGCUCCCGCUUAUUCACCACCUGCAUCACCCAGCUAUUCAGCUCCAGCUCAAUCGUAUUCCGCACCGGCUGCUCCACCCAGCUAUUCAGCGCCUGCGGCUCCAACUCAAUCGUAUCCCGCACCUGAUGCUCCCGCUUAUUCACCACCUGCAUCACCCAGCUAUUCGGCUCCAGCGCAAUCGUAUUCCGCACCCGCUGCACCAUCCAGCUAUUCAGCACCUGCAGCUCCCUCUUACUCACCACCUGCCUCAUCCAGCUAUUCAGCUCCAGCUCAAUCGUAUUCCGCACCUGCUGCUCCAUCCAGCUACUCAGCGCCUGCAGCUCCAGCUCAAUCGUAUUCCGCACCUGCUGCUCCCGCUUAUUCACCACCUGCAUCACCCAGCUAUUCAGCUCCAGCUCAAUCGUAUUCCGCACCGGCUGCUCCAUCCAGCUAUUCAGCGCCUGCGGGUCCAGCUCAAUCGUAUCCCGCACCUGCUGCUCCCGCUUAUUCACCACCUGCAUCACCCAGCUAUUCGGCUCCAGCGCAAUCGUAUUCCGCACCUGCUGCACCAAGCAGCUAUUCAGCACCUGCUGCUCCAGCUCAAUCGUAUUCCGCACCUGCUGCACCAAGCAGCUAUUCAGCACCUGCAGCUCCCUCUUACUCACCACCUGCAUCAUCCAGCUAUUCAGCGCCUGCUGCUCCAGCACAAUCGUAUUCCGCACCUGCUGCUCCCUCUUACUCACCACCUGCAUCAUCCAGCUAUUCAGCGCCUGCAGCUCCAGCUCAAUCGUAUUCCGCACCUGCUGCUCCCUCUUACUCACCACCUGCCUCAUCCAGCUAUUCAGCUCCAGCUCAUUCUUAUUCCGCACCUCCUGCUUCGUCCAGCUAUUCAGCGCCUGCAGCGCCGUCUUAUUCCCAACCUGCAUCAUCAAGCUACUCUGCCGGACAUUCAGGUCGGGCGUAUUCAGCACCUGCAGCACCAAAAGCAUCAUCUGGCUAUUCAGCACCUGCAGUACCUGCGACUCCUUCGUAUUCGGCAUCGAAGUCCUCGUCCUCUGCUGCAUCUUCCGGUUAUUCAGCACCAGCAUCUACCGGUUAUUCGGCACCAGCAAAGUCCGGUUAUUCAGCACCAGCUUCGAAAUCGUCAGGAUACGCUCGUUCUGAAAUGGAUCAUCAUAUUCUUGGUAUGGCAAGGACAGCUGCUGGCUACGGAUCUGCUGCUCCGGCGCCCGCUUACGGCGGAGCCUCGAUUCCCUCGCCUCCGUGCCCCAAAAAUUAUGUAUUCAGCUGUGGCAGCGUUUUUACUCCAGCUCCUUGCAGCCAGGGAUACGGUUAUUAAAGGUCUUUUGGACUUGAA